AUGGACAGUGUACCCGCAACAGUGUCAAAUUGGGGCGGUGGUGACCGUGAAUUUUCUCUUAUUAUCGAGAAUAACCCGCUAACGGAGCUUGUCGAAGUUCCUGCCUCAUUAUCCUCAUUAAACUACUCCCAAAUAAUUGCCGGAGCUAUCCGAGGAGGACUUGAGGCUUUACAUUUUAAGGUGUACUCAAGUGUCAUUGAAAAUCCCACAAAUACAGAGAUCAAGAUCAAGUUUGACCAAAUUCUAAGAGAUAACCUGCCCGCUGGUGAAGAAGAUUGA